CGUCCUUUUCCUUUGUGUUUCAAACUCUCCUCUGAGAGCACAAGUGGCUCCAAGAAGCGCGUUUAACCGCUCAGCCUGCCGCUUCCUGAUGUCUGCGGGGGAGCGAGCCGAGCUGUCGGCUGACGGCUGGCUCUUCCAGCACUUCCCCAUCCACCGCGCGUGCCGCGAUGGAGACCUGGUGGCUGUGAUGUCCUUAGUGGAGUCAAACCGGGCUCAUCUGAGCGCAGAGGACUCCUGUUAUGGAUGGACGCCCAUUCACUGGGCUGCUCACUACGGACAGCUGGAGUGCGUGGUCCACCUGGUGCAGAGGGGCUGCGAGGUGAACACGGUGACCAGCCGCUUCAACCAGACGCCCACGCACACCGCCGCCUUCGGAGGACACCCCCACUGCGUGGUGUGGCUCACCCAGGCCGGCGCCGACAUCAACAAGCAGGACUGCGUCGGUGAGGCUCCCAUCCACAAGGCGGCGCGCUGCGGCAGCGUGGAGUGCAUCCAGGUGCUGCUGAUAGCUGGAGCAGAGCCACGUUUAAGGAACGCCAGCGGACAGACGGCGGCGGACUUAGCCAAAGCUAACGGCUUCCACGACUGCUUCGGCGCCAUCGUCCAGACGCAGCUUUGCCGGCUCGCCGUGCUCAGAGACGUCGCCCCCUGUGGCGAGGGGCAGCACUGCAGGAAGAGGCCGCUGGUCGCCAAGGAGACGGCCUCCAUGAAGAAGGCCAGGAGAGCUGAAGCGUUGUUGCCAAGCGGCGGCGGCGGCGUGGAGGAGCCGGGGGCCGUGAACAUGGAGCUCAGCUCAGAUUCCGAUCCAAGCACCGAAGAGCCCCGCCCACCCUCCGACGCCGAACCAGACGAGCCCCGCCUCUCUCUGCCCAGCGCCGCCGAUAUGUGCGGCUCGCUGCACCUCGCCGGAGGUUCAGGUUCGGGCCGGCCGGAGCACUGGCGGCUGACCGGCGCCGACUCCCUGCUUUACGGACACUACCACGGCUUCGGGGACACGGCAGAGGACCUGAGCGACAGCGGCGUCCACCUCUACCACGGCUCGUAGCCCCAGGCGGAUCGGACCAGAGGAGAACUCCUCCCUUUGGUUUCAUCUGUCCGAUCAAACCAGGC